GGCGAGUUCAUCUCUAGGGCUCCGGGGUAGCGUGGUCCUCGAGAAGAGUGGAGGCUUUUCUUGCCUCCUGCGCCCCAGUCCAGAGCACGGGAUACGGUUGUGGUCCCGUGUGUGUCACCUAGCGUGCCUGAUGGCACAAUGGUUAGCGAUGCUCCAGCUGCUCUGGCUCCAGCAGCUGCUGCUGGGGGUUCACCAGGGCAGCGCCCAAGAUUUGACCCACACCCAGGAACUGGCCCUCGAGUGGCGUGAUAAAGGAAUUUUCAUUAUCCAGAGCGAGAGCCUAAAGACUUGCAUUCAGGCAGGUAAAUCCGUACUGACCCUGGAGAACUGCACACAGCCAAACGAGUACAUGCUGUGGAAAUGGGUUUCCGACAACCACCUCUUUAAUGUGGGAGCCAGCGGCUGCCUAGGCCUGAACAUAUCUGAUCUGAAACGACCAUUAAGUCUCUAUGAAUGUGAUUCCACUCUCAUUUCCUUGAGAUGGCUCUGUGACAGGAAGACGAUCGUGGGCCCACUCCAGUACAAGGUCCAGGUGAACCACAGCACGGUGGUGGCAAAGAAAACACCCCAUAAGUGGAGCGCCUACAUGCCCGGUGGUGGGGACAUUUGUGAGCAUCUUCACAGAGAUAUAUAUACCUUAAAAGGGAAUGCCCAUGGGAUGCCUUGUGUGUUUCCUUUCCAGUUCAAAGGUCAGUGGCACCACGAGUGCAUCCGAGAAGGGCAUAAAGAGCACCUGCUGUGGUGUGCCACCACGAGUCGCUACGAAGAGGAUGAGAAAUGGGGAUUCUGCCCAGAUCCUACCUCUACAGAGAUAUUCUGUGAUGCUAUGUGGCAAAGGAACGACAAUUCACACAUUUGCUACCAAUUCAACCUGCUCUCAUCUCUCUCUUGGAAUGAGGCACAUUCCUCAUGCCAGAUGCAAGGAGGUGCUUUGUUAAGUAUUACGGAUGAAAAUGAAGAAGCUUUCAUAAGGAAGGAGUUGAGCCGGGUAGCUAAAGAAGUGUGGACUGGUUUGAAUCAGCUGGAUGAGAUGGCUGGCUGGCAGUGGUCUGAUGGGACACCACUCAGCUACCUGAACUGGAGCCAAGAGGUCACUGCUGGGCCAUUUGUGGAGUAUCAUUGUGGAACCCUGAAAGUUGCCUCAGCUACCUGGAGAAGCAUGGACUGCGAGUCUACCUUGCCUUAUAUAUGCAAACGGCAUCUAAACCACACUGCCGAGGACAUCCUGCAAAAGGACUCCUGGAAAUACCAUACCACUCACUGUGACCCUGGCUGGACUCCCUUCAAUCGUAAAUGCUACAAACUUAAGAAAGAGAAAAGGACUUGGCAGGAGGCUCUGCACUCUUGCCAGUCUGAUGACAGCAUGUUGAUGGAUGUCACUUCCCUAGCUGAGGUGGAGUUGCUUGUAAACCUCCUUGGGGAUGAAAAUGCAUCGGAAACAUGGAUUGGUUUGAGUAGCAAUAAAAUUCCAGUUUCCUUCGCAUGGUCCAGUGGCUCCUCUGUCAUCUUCACUAACUGGUACCUUCUCGAGCCUCGAAUUCUUCCAAACAGAAGACAACUGUGUGUCUCAGCAGAUCAAUCUGACGGACGCUGGAAAGUGAAAGGUUGUAAAGAAACACUCCCUUACAUUUGUAAGAAAGCAGGACAAGUCCUUGAGGAUGAGGACUCCGGAUGUCAAGCGGGCUGGGAAAGACACGGCAAGUAUUGUUACAAAAUCGACACAGUCCUGAGAAGCUUUGAGCAGGCUUCCGGUGGUUAUUACUGUCCUCCCGCCCUCCUAACCAUCACCAGCCGAUUUGAACAAGCUUUUAUUACCAGUUUGAUCAGUAGUGUGGCAAGAAAGGACAGUUAUUUUUGGAUUGCUCUUCAAGACCAAAACAAUACAGGAGAAUACACUUGGAAGACCAUGGGACAGAGGGAGCCGGUGCAGUACACACACUGGAACGCACAUCAACCCAGCUACCAUGGUGGCUGUGUUGUCCUGCGAGGAGGGAGUUCAUUUGGUCGCUGGGAAGUGAAGAACUGUAGUGACUUUAAGGCAAUGUCUCUUUGCAAGACACCCAUCAAAGUCUGGGAGAAAACAGAGUUUGAAGGGAGGUGGCCCUUUCACCCCUGCUAUAUGGACUGGGAAUCAGAGACUGGUCUAGCCAGUUGCUUCAAGGUCUUUCAUAGCGAAAAGGUCCUGAUGAAAAGAUCAUGGAGGGAAGCUGAAGCCUUCUGUGAGGAGUUUGGAGCUCACCUCGCAAGUUUUGCCCACAUAGAGGAAGAAAACUUCGUGAAUAAGCUUCUACACUCAAAAUUUAAUUGGACACAAGAAAGGCAGUUCUGGAUCGGAUUUAAUAAAAGGAACCCACUGAAUGCCGGUUCUUGGGAGUGGUCUGACGGGUCUCCUGUUGUCUCUUCAUUUUUAGACAAUGCUUAUUUUGAAGAAGAUGCAAAAAACUGUGCUGUGUAUAAGGCAAACAACACACUGUUGCCCUCGAACUGUGCUUCCAAACACGAGUGGAUAUGCAAAAUUCCAAGAGAUGUGAAACCCAAUUUUCCAGUCUGGUACCAGUACGAUGCACCCUGGCUCUUCUAUCAGAAUGCCGAGUACCUCUUCCACACCCAUCCUGCCGAGUGGGCCACCUUUGAGUUUGUCUGCGGCUGGCUGCGAAGUGAUUUCCUCACGAUUUAUUCUGCUCAGGAGCAAGAAUUCAUCCACAGCAAAAUCAGAGCGCUAUCAAAGUACGGGGCGAAUUGGUGGAUCGGACUUGAAGAUAGAAGAGCUGGAGAUCAAAUUCACUGGAGUAAUGGGUCACCCGUGAUAUUUCAGAACUGGGACAAAGGAAGGAAAGGAAGAAUGGAUAGCCAGAGAAAGCGAUGCGUCUUCAUGUCUGCUAUAACAGGGCUCUGGGGCACUGAGAAUUGCUCUGUUCCUAUGCCCAGCAUCUGUAAGCGAGUGAAAAUAUGGGUCAUCGAGAAGGAGAAGCCGCCAACACAGCAUGGCACGUGCCCCAAAGGGUGGCUUUAUUUUAACUAUAAGUGCUUCCUGGUGACAAUCCCCAAGGACCCACGGGAGCUGAAGACCUGGACAGGUGCUCAGGAAUUCUGUGCUGCCAAGGGUGGGACGCUGGUCUCCAUCGAAAGUGAACUGGAACAAGCUUUCAUUACUGUGAAUCUUUUCGGCCAGACCACGAAUGUAUGGAUAGGGUUACAAAGUGACAAUCAUGAGAAUUGGGUAAAUGGGAAGCCUGUGGUGUAUUCUAACUGGUCUCCAUCUGAUGUAAUAAAUAUCCCCAAUUAUAACACCACUGAAGUUCAAAAGCGUGCUCCACUCUGUGCCCUGAUGUCAAGUAAUCCUAAUUUCCAUUUUACUGGAAAAUGGUAUUUCGAUGACUGUGGGAAAAAAGGCUAUGGAUUUGUGUGUGAAAAAAUGCAAGAUACCCUUGAAAACCAUGUAAACGUGUCUGAUACCUAUGCAGUCCCCAGCACAUUAGAAUACGGAAACAGGACUUAUAAAAUAAUCCGUGCUAAUAUGACUUGGUACGCAGCAGGAAAGUCCUGCCGGAUGCAGGGAGCAGAACUGGUCAGCAUUCCAGACGUAUUUCACCAGUCCUUCCUCACAGUUCUCCUCAGCAGGCUGGGGCACGCCCACUGGAUUGGGCUAUCCACACCAGAUAAUGGUCUGAAUUUUGACUGGUCAGACGGCACCAAAUCCCCUUUCACCUAUUGGAAAGAUGAGGAGUCAGCCUCUCUUGGCGACUGCGUUUUUGCCGACACCGAUGGUCACUGGCAUGGCACAGCCUGUGAGUCACAUCUGCAAGGCGCCGUUUGUCGUGUACUCACUGAAACAAAGUCGUUUGAGCACCCAGUGCUGUGCUCAGAAACGUCAGUUCCCUGGAUAAGAUUUAAAGGUCAUUGCUACAGUUUUUCUACAGUCCUGGACAGCAGAAGUUUUGAGGAUGCUCGAGAAUUCUGCAAAAGAGAAGGAUCCAAUCUUUUGGCAAUCAAGGAUGAGGCUGAAAAUUUAUUUCUCCUGGAAGAGCUUCUUGCCCUUGGUUCUUCUGUCCAGAUGGUUUGGUUGAAUGCUCAACUUGACAAUGACAACAAAACCUUAAGGUGGUUUGACGGAGCAGCCACAGAGCAGUCAAACUGGGGCGUACGGAAGCCAGACAUGGACCACCUCAAGCCCCAUCCGUGUGUUGUCCUGAGGAUCCCUGAAGGAGUAUGGCAGUCUACCCCAUGCGAAGACAAAACGGGAUUCAUUUGUAAAGUGGAAGCAGGCAUCCCAGCUGUAACAGCACAUCCAGAGAAAGGACUAAGCCACAGCAUCAUGCCUGUUGCAGCAGCACUGGCGUUGACAAUAGUCCUGGGCAUUCUCGUCCUUUGCCUCUGGAUUUACAAGCAGAAUGGCGGUGCCAUCUUGCCGAGACUCACGGGGUCGAGGGGCCCUUACUACCCUAUGUCCAGCUUCAGCAUGGCACACUUAGAAGAGAACAUCCUCAUUUCUGAUCUUGAGAAGAAUAACCAAUGACGAAGUUAGAGCUGCUCCAACUACGGAGAGCAAAGGAGGCCACGAAGGGCGUCCUGUCUGCAUUUCCCCUGAACAUCAUGCCCUUAUAAUGUGAAUUGCACCUCCGUUUUAAUUAAUCUUCAAGCACUGGCUUUGAAUUUUAAGCAAAUCAGAUGAGAUUGAAUGUAUUCAUUUCCUUUAACUGUGGCCCAUUCUGAAAAGGGGUGCUGGUUAUUAUUUUAAAAGACAAGAGCUAUUAAAUAGUGUUCCCAGACCAGACUGGUAUGCAUUCAGAAUGUAAGUACACUCGAUACAUUGAAAGGGAAAGGGGAAGACUCUGGCUGCAUAGGACAGGAGGGUGCUUCUGAAAAACCAGUGCUUAUCUGAUUCUAAUUCAACUGUUUUUUAAUACCGUGGUUUGGGGAAAAUCCUAAAUUUUAAACUUCCAGUUCUGGGCUCUCAACUAAUACUUUGGAUGACAUUAAGUUUUAUUAGUUCUCAAGCUAGAUUAGAUCUGGUUCUCAAGCUAAAUGGGAGAAAUACCACCUUCUCUUAGAUAUGAAGGUCUCAGUAGACAGGUGAUCUCAGGAACAACCACAUGAUUUAAAAAGUGCCAUAAACCCUCGCUUGUUAAGUUAUUACCAUGAUUUAAAGGUAAGCUCAAAGAAAUGCAUUGAGAUUUCAAUAAUUUGUUGAAAGUUCAUGGACCUUAUUGAAAACUAAAAUCUAAAGUUAUAAAAUACUAUAUAGUAAUCUUUUGUUAUUGUUUGGUUUGUUUGUUUUGUUUUGUUUUGUUUUGUUUGUAAGACCUGGCUUCUCUGUGUAAGCAGUCCUGACUGUCCUGGGACUCACUUUGUAUACCAGGCUAUCCUCAAACCCUCUGCCUCUGCCUCCCGAGUGCUGGGAUGAAAGGUGUGUGCCACCAUUGCCAGGCGAUAUAUUAUCUAACCAGGACUUACAGAAUAGAUGCGUCUCAAACUUAAAGAGAAAGCAAUCGAAGAUCUGUAUUAUGCUCCCAUCAGAACCAAACUAAAGAGGAUGUUGAAAAAUACUAAAUAAAAUGACCCUGGAAUAGAGGUUUAAAAUGAACUACCAAAUCUGACU